AUGUCAUUAGUGAGCUCAGACAGAGCUGGGAGUGUUCACUCUCCCUCCACGAGUAUGGCAACGUCCGCGCAAUACAGACAGCUUAUAAAUGACUACGGACCCCCAUCUCUAGGCUACACACAAGGGAUGCAGGGGACCAGCAGCAGCCAAGUACCACAAAGCAAAUAUGCAGAACUUCUAGCUAUCAUAGAAGAACUAGGAAAAGAGAUUAGACCCACGUACGCUGGGAGUAAAAGCGCGAUGGAGAGGCUAAAAAGAGGCAUUAUCCAUGCUAGAGGAUUAGUUCGGGAAUGCUUGGCUGAGACGGAACGAAAUGCAAGAUCCUAGCCCGCUCAUUCCAUUGCUGAAUGAAGAAAAAGUAACACUUAUUCCUUUUGACUCUUGAAACAUUCAGACAAAUUCCUUUAUUUUGAAUGUUUUGCCUUUCUUGUUUCACCCUUAUGAAAAUGUAUAGUUAAGAAUGAGAAAACAAGGAUUUUUCAACUUCCUGAGGGUUUGCGUUUUGUAAAGACAUUAAAACUCCCUGAAAAUGUUUCUAAAACAUGAAAACUGAACUGCAUGCAGAGGAAUGCUCUUUCUCUCCCAGGCUCUAUUUCAGUUCUCUUCUUAUCCAGCCACAGUCUCAUUCUGGUUUUUGGUUUUUUUCCUUUGACUGUAUUCACUUAACCCCAAACUGUCAAUCCUCCACAGUUUGACAUAAGCUCUAAGGAUUUUGUUUUAAUGAAUGCAGAAUAGCAUGCUGUCCCUUGUAGUCUGCUAAGUCACACUUUGUCAUACAGCAUAGACCCUGCUUAGAAAUAACCUUCCCCUUCUCUUAUUUUCCCUUUUUUGUUCGUUUUGCAUAAACAUUUGCAUGACUGUUAGUGCUUUGAAGUCCAUUUAAAGUGCAUGAGUUAUAUGGAAAACAGGGAAACCUAUUAAAUAAUAACAAGGUCCCGGAAAGCUAAUUUCUACAUCAAGGCUGGAGAUUUCAGUUUAAAAUUUGCCAAAAGAAAAAGAAAAUUCUGGAUAAAUUACUAAAACUGUUAUUUGCAUCUUUGUAUGUAUUUAUUACUUGACGUAAUAAAGCUUAUUUUCAUUAACAGUUUGUAUGAAAA